AUGGCCUCGGCAAUCUUCCUCUUCUGCUCAGCCGACUUCGGAGCCCGCCUGUUCCCCUUACUCUUCGUUCCUCCUCUACUGAAAAGCCCCUUUUGGCAGUCAAUGCAAUUAAAUUCUGCCACUCAUGGUGGCAAGCCUCCUGCACCAUCAGCUUCUCACGUCGCCUUUCCCAACCCAGCCGAACGCCUAUUCGAAUUUUCUUCCUUCAUCAAGCAGAAUAAGAAAAGCUUACAAGCUUUCCCGGACUUUAAACGAAAACAAGAACAAGGCUGUGGAAUAGCAAUAUCUGGGAAAAGAGAAGCACAACAUUUCUUAGCCUUGGCUCAAAUUUCAAAAUCUCCAAAGCCUUUCUCCAGUUGGUCAAGCAAAUAA